GGCUAUUCAGCUAUCUAGUUCCUUUUUCUGACUUGUCACCCCAGUGAGGGGAAAAGGAUGUCAUCAUGCAGUCACCGCCGGCAGAAGAGAAAUUGCGAAAGAGACCUCACUGUAUAAAGGGCAGCCCACAAGCGCCUAGGUCUCCAGAGGAGCCUGAGCUCCUCAGAGAUCGUGUCUGAAGAGGGGACCUGUGCGACUGUCUACCAGGCAUGGAACCAAAGCGCAUCAGGGAGGGCUACCUUGUGAAGAAGGGAAGUGUGUUUAACACCUGGAAACCCAUGUGGGUUGUACUGCUAGAAGACGGAAUUGAGUUUUAUAAGAAGAAAAGUGACAACAACCCCAAGGGGAUGAUCCCGCUGAAAGGAAGUACUCUAACCAGCCCCUGUCAAGACUUUGGCAAACGGAUGUUCGUGUUAAAAAUCACUACAACCAAACAGCAGGACCACUUCUUCCAGGCAGCCUACCUGGAGGAGAGAGAUGCUUGGGUUCGGGACAUCAAGAAAGCCAUUAAAUGCAUUGAAGGAGGCCAGAAGUUUGCAAGAAAAUCCACAAGGAGGUCCAUUCGUCUGCCAGAGACAAUUGACUUGGGGGCUUUAUAUUUGUCUAUGAAAGACCCUGAGAAAGGAAUCAAGGAACUGAAUCUAGAGAAGGACAAGAAAGUUUUUAAUCACUGCUUCACAGGUAGUGGUGUCAUUGACUGGCUGGUUUCUAACAAGCUAGUUCGGAACCGCCAGGAAGGCCUCAUGAUCUCCGCCUCCCUGCUCAGUGAAGGGUACCUGCAGCCUGCUAGCGAUCUGUCCAAGAAUGCAGCAGAUGGAAUAGCUGAAAACCCUUUCCUGGACAACCCUGAUGCCUUCUACUACUUCCCAGACAGUGGAUUCUUCUGUGAGGAGAACUCCAGUGACGAUGACAUCAUUCUGAAAGAAGAAUUCAGAGGCAUUAUCAUUAAGCAGGGAUGUUUAUUGAAGCAGGGGCACCGGAGGAAAAACUGGAAAGUGAGGAAGUUCAUUCUGAGAGAAGACCCGGCCUACUUGCACUACUAUGACCCUGCUGGGGGUGAAGAUCCCCUGGGAGCAAUCCACUUGAGAGGCUGUGUGGUGACUUCCGUAGAGAGCAACCCCGAUGGUAAGAAGAGUGAUGAGGAGAACCUCUUUGAGAUCAUCACAGCAGACGAAGUUCAUUAUUACAUGCAGGCAGCCACUGCCAAGGAGCGUACUGAGUGGAUAAAAGCCAUCCAGGUGGCCUCACGGACUGGGAAAUGAGGAUACCAAGAAGCAUUGACGCGAAUCCGACUGGCCAAGAGUCUACAACUAGGAAAAUAGAGAGGAAUUCAAGACCAGACUUUGAACUUUCAGUUGGCGUUCUGUCUUCGCCUUCCUCAGAUGGGUCCCAGCUGUAGCAUUAUUGUUUAUUUAAUAUUCACUGAAGCAAGAAUUCUCACUUUGUAUGUUUGUUCACCGCAUCCCGGCACUCAAAGAAAACAAUCUUGUGCCUGUAUAACUUGCCAGGGGAACUCUGGAGACCUCACGGAUAUUCCAGAAAGUCUCAAGGCUGGAGGAGGACGAGAUGUUCGUUCUUUUGUAUUCUGAGUUCUCCCACCUGUUUUCUUCUCACCUGAAUAAAACAAUUUCUGUGAGACUCUACACAA